UCUCUUUUCCUCUUUCCAACAAGACCCAGAAUGCUCGUGCAAGCUCUAUAUAAACACCACACGUCCUUGCUCAGCUCUCACCAGAAUCAUCCGACAACGUUCAUUCAUACAUUGCAGAAUCAUCUCAGUUUUCCAGAAUUCUCUGAUCAGUGAUCACAAUGUCGCUCAUUCCCAGCAUCUUUGGAGGCCGCCGAACCGACGUCUUUGACCCAUUCUCUCUAGACAUUUGGGACCCUCUUGAUGGCCUCUUCACCUCCUCGCUCACUAAUAUGCCUGCCUCGGCUCGCAAAACUUCAGCAUUCGCGAAUGCACGAAUUGACUGGAAAGAAACUCCAGAGGCCCACGUGUUCAAAGUGGAUGUUCCGGGGCUGAAGAAGGAGGAAGUGAAAGUUGAGGUGGAAGAGGGGAGAAUCCUUCAGAUCAGUGGGGAGAGAAGCAAGGAGAAGGAGGAGAAGAAUGAUAAGUGGCACCGGGUUGAGAGGAGCAGUGGGAAGUUCAUGAGGCGGUUCCGCCUCCCAGAGAAUGCAAAGAUGGACCAGAUCAAGGCAAGUAUGGAGAAUGGGGUGCUCACUGUGACUGUGCCUAAGGAAGAGGAGAAGAAGCCGGAGGUGAAGUCCAUUGAUAUCUCUGGUUAAUCCAGGAGUGUGUUGUGCUAAUGCAAUGCAAUAUGCAAUGCCACGAACACAACUCUAUGAGUUGUGAAUAAAUGAUUUGCUUGUGUGUUUCAUUGUGUGCUCGUGUUCUAGUAUAUCCAAAAAUAUGUAAUCAGCUAUCACUUUUUUAGUGAAAAUAAUUCAACCUUGAAUCGUUUGAGUUCUUAGAAAGUUCCUCAUAUUUAUCUCAGGUUAUGUAGCAAGCUCAAUAAAACAGACGAAGUAAAUGGAAAAAGGGGAAAAUUGGAAAAGGAGGUUCUAUAUUUUCAGAGUAUUGUUAGAAA